AUGGAAAAUGUCCAUCAACGUAUCAGUAUUUCCGUUCUUCCUGCCUCCACGGCUGCGUGGACCAGCAGUAGGGCUACCACGAACAGCAGCAGUAGUAGCAGUGCAACACAGUGGAAGGCGUCUCCCUCCCCCCUCUCCCCCCCCUCUCCCUCCCCCCUCUCCCCCCUCUCUUCCUCCCCCCUCUCCCCCCCCUCUCCCUCCCCCCUCUUCCCCCCCUCUCCCUCCCCCCUCUUCCCCCCCUCUCCCUCCCCCCUCUUCCCCCCCUCUCCUUACCCCCCCUUCCCCCCCUCUCCCUCCCCCCUCUUCCCCCCCUCUCCCUCCCCCCUCUUCCCCCCCUCUUCCCCCCCUCUCCCUCCUCCCUCUUCCCCCCCUCUCCCUCCCCCCUCUUCCCCCCCUCUCCCUCCCCCCUCUCCACCCCCCCCUCCCCCUCCUAUUCCCCCCCCACCUCUCUCCCCACUAUCCCCACCCUCUCCCGGCCGUCUCCCCGUCCUCUCCCCCACCUCUUCCCCUCCCUACCGCCCCACCUCUCCCCUUUCCCCCUCUCAUUGUACCUCAAAGAACGCGCCAGCGAUCUCGUCUCCUCUCGUCGCUUUCGUUCUCGAUGCCCAUCUGCCGCCGCCGCUCUGCCUCGCGCGGGUCCUCGAUCAUCAGCACCAGCCGGAUCUGCGUGACGUCACAUUAGCGCGGGCGGCAGGCAUGCAGAAAAUGGCGUGCGGCAGGGGGGCGAGGGAAGGGGGGGGAACAGCGAAAACAGGACAGCAGGUAGGUGGGCGAAGCGUGCGAACGGCUGACAUUGACGGACAAUGA